GAUUCGAAAGCAUUCAACCCAUACGUUUCGUUUUCCGACACCAAAAUACACAACAAGCCAUUGAUUGCAACAAGCCAUAAUGAGCAGCAAACUGGGCUACGAUGUGACCGAUCCCACCGUCCAAGUGCUCCGGGCAUCGGCGUUCAUGCAGAAUGGGCCAGUGAAGCAGGUGCGCAGCCUGGAGGAUCUGGACCGAUGGGUUCGCUCGCAGGCCUACCACGACGUCAUUGCGUACAUCAGCAACACCAGCAGGGCCAUCCAGGGCCAUCGAUUGACGCAGGACUUUCCGGUGACGGAGCAGAUGCGCCGAUUGUGCGAGAUCUUCGAUGGACUGGAGCUCCUGAUCGUGGAGCAUGCACCGAAGCUGGAGGACUCCAAUCUGGCGCUACCGUUUGCCCAGGUUAGAAGCAAGGCCUACCGCACUUGGAUGCGGCAGAUGUUCCAGCAUGUGUUCAGCAAACUGGACGAGGCCAUCAACGUCAACUGCAAGCACAUCAACGAAUUGGGACAGUAUCUUCGCCGAUCCUUUGGGAAUUCAAACACUCUGGAUUUUGGGCCCGCCAACGAGUUGAUGUUCCUCUUCUUCCUCUGCGGCCUCUUUCGCGCCGGGAUCCUGCUGGCCAAGGAUACGGUGGCCGCCGCGCUGCUGCUCUUCAAUCGGUACGUCCAUGUUAUGAGGCGCCUGAUCAGCACUUUUGGACUGUCCAUUGCCAAGGACCCGAGUUACACCAUCGAAGAUUACUACAUUUUGCCGUAUCUGUGGGGUGCGGCCCAGUUAUCGCUGGAUUGUCCCUUCUCGCCGAUGCAGUGUGAGCAGGGUAAGAUCAUGGACAGCUACAGGCACGACUACAUGAUGCUGGACAUCAUUGAUCACCUGCAGAAGACCCGAAGCGGCCCAUUGAGUCAGGUGGCCCUGCAGCUGUGGAGCAUCCUAUCGAUACCCACGUGGCCGCAGGUCUACAGGGGAUUGGAGCGGAACUAUAUCGACCAUGUGCUCUCCUCAUUCGGAACCGUGGAGCAGGCCAUCUUCUGCGAAUUGAUGUCCUUCGAAGCGCUGCUAUCGUCCGUCCAUCUGAACCGCGCACACUUGGGCGUCCACAUCAUGGAUGGAAAGGAGAAGGAGGACGAGGAUGAGCUCGAGCAGAAACAAGCGGAGGAUCUAUGGCAGUUUUCGGCACCGGUCAGCAGAUAUGUCAGCAUGGAACCGGAAUCCUUUCUCGGCUUUCAGGGAUCCAAGGCGCGGCGCAGAUCGGAGGACAGCGAGGAGGAACGCCUCUGGAUGCUGCGGCAGUUGGUCGAUGAGAACGAUCCAAACUCUGAAAUGUUUUUCCCGGAUCGCGAAGUUAAAGGACGGGAUUCACUCACUUCGGUCGCCAACGAAGGUCAAUAAAAUGUCAAUCCAAUUAA